AUGUUAGAAUUUGUUAUGGAUCAAUACGCUACUCUCUCCGCAUUAUUUAUCUUUGCAUCACCUGCUGUAUGGAAUACCCUUGCUCAUAUAGAAUAUUUUACUCAUAAGAUUUCACAAAUGUUCCGUGGAAAUAAAGAAAAUGGAUUUAGAUUUGUUAUGUGUAUUAUUAUUAGUAUGCAAAUCAUUAGAAAUAUAUUCUUCUAUAUGGCAUGUACAAGUGCUGUUCCAAUGAUUCCAGCUAUUGAUUCAUUCCUUAGUUCUAUUCCAACUUUAGUUAAUAUUAUUGCUAUUCCUAUUCAAAUUUUUGGUUGGAUUCUUUCUAUUAGUUCAUUCUAUAGACUUGGAUUUAAAGGAACAUAUGAAGGUGAUUGUUUUGGAUUCCUUUUCGAUGAAAUGAUAACUUCAUUCCCAUUUGGAUUUGUUCCACACCCAAUGUAUUUUGGUGGUGCUCUUUUGUUUAUUAGCUCUGCUUUGUAUUAUUAUUCAUCAACUGGAUUAAUUCUUUCAAUUUGGUCAAUUGUCGUUUAUUGCAUCUUCUCAUAUCUUGUAGAACAACCACUUACUAUUUUAAUUUAUUCCAAUAAAAAAACACAACAUGAUGAGAAGAAAGAAGAGUAA